AUGCCCCUUGCUCUCACCAUCAAGAAGAUAGAAGGGAAGCCUGGACAGGUGUACUACCCGCUCCAGCUCAAUGAGGUGCCCAAGCCCAGCCCGGGCGCCAAGCAGCUGCUGGUCAGGCUGAAGGCGGCGUCGCUCAACCACCGCGACCUCUUCAUCCGCCAGCAUCUGUACCCGGGCAUCUCGUUCGAGCACCCGCUCAUGGCCGACGGCUACGGCAUCGUCGAGGCCGCCGGGCCCGGCUGCUCGUCGGACCUCGUCAACAAGGCGGUGCUGCUCACGCCCAUGCGUGGCUGGGAGGCCGACGCGGCCGGCCCCGAGGUCCUCUCGGCCUACACCAUCCUCGGGUCUAGCGUGCUCGACGACGCCGGCACCGCCCAGGACUACGUCGUCGUGCCCGAGGACGAGGUCGUGCGCGCUCCGGCCCACCUGACGCCCGCCGAGGCCGCCGCCCUGCCCCUCGUCGGGCUCACCGCCUGGCGCGCCUUCGCCACCAAGAGCGCCGCCGCCCGCCCCGGCACCAACAUCCUCAUCACGGGCAUCGGCGGUGGCGUCGCCCUGCAGGCGCUGCAGUUCGCCGUGGCCACGGGCUGCAGCGUGUUCGUGACGUCGAGCGACGACGCCAAGAUCGCCCGCGCCGUCGCCGACCUCGGCGCCCGUGCAGGCGUCUCGUACCGCGCCGCCGACUGGGACCGCCAGCUGGCCAAGCUGUUGCCGGCCGACCGGCCCUACCUCGACGCCGUCAUCGACGGCGCGGGCGGCGACGUCGUGGCGCGCACCGUGCGCCUGCUCAAGCCCGGCGGCGUUGUUACGUGCUACGGCAUGACGGCCGGCCCUAAGAUGGACUGGCUCAUGCAGGCCGUGCUCAAGAACGUCGAGCUGCGCGGCUGCACCAUGGGCAGCAAGGCCGAGUUCCGCGCCAUGGUCGACUUUGUCGGCGCUCACGGCAUCCGCCCCGUCGUCUCGCGCGUCGUGCAAGGCCUGCGUGAUCUGGCUGCUCUCGACGGCUUGUUCGAAGACAUGAAGGCCGGCCGCCAGUUCGGGAAGCUGGUUGUUCUGAUUGGCGACGACGAGGGCGGGGAGGGAACCGAGGACGGUGACGCGGCGUCGUCGUCUUCGUCGCCGAAGCUCUGA